AAUUUCUACCAGUGAUUUUUGCCUCCACUGCUCCAGACAUCAUGUGACGGGGGAGGGGCAGAGAAUCAGGAAACACUGCUGCUGCUGCUGCUGCAAGUCACAAGAAAGCUCUCCAUCAUGGCCUACCAGGCUGGAUCUCCAGAGGAGCCCAGUGCUUUGGUUCACAAUAUCAGUUCCAACAUCCAGAAGCUGACACUGCUGACCUCGGAGCUGCAGAGGGCAGUUUCUCUGCUGGGAACAGAGCAAGACAGCAGCCAGCUACGACAGACGCUGCAACAGAAACAACAGCAAGGCAACCAGCUAGCGAAGGAGACUGACAGACUGAUCAAGGCAUUCACCGCACUUCCUGUUGGCCCAGAUCAGCGGCAGAGGAAGAUACAAAAAGAGCGUCUGGUGAAUGACUUCUCCGCUGCCCUGAACAGCUUCCAGAAGACCCAGCGGCAGGCGGCCAACCAAGAGAGAGAGUUUGUGGCCAGAGUCCGAGCCAGCUCCAGGGUUUCGGGAGGACACCCUGAUGACAGCUUUGGAAAUGUGCCUAAUUUCCUUGGUGAUUCUCAGGUGCAGGCUCAGACUGAGGCCAUCACUGAAGAAGACUUGAGGCUGAUCCAGGAGAGAGAGUCGUCCAUCAGGCAGUUGGAGUCGGACAUCACAGAUAUCAAUGACAUCUUCAAGGACCUGGGGAUGAUGGUCCAUGAGCAGGGAGACAUGAUAGACAGUAUAGAAGCCAAUGUGGAGAAUGCAGAUGUGAAUGUCCAGAGCGCCACACAGCAACUGGCACGUGCUGCAGACUAUCAGCGGAGCUCCCGGAAGAAGAUAUGCAUCCUCAUGAUAUUGUUGGCUGUAGUUGCUGUUAUUAUUGGACUUAUCAUCUGGGGUGCAGUCAAAAAAUGAGGGCUUCAUCUUCUUCCCCUCUUCCACCUCUCCGGUUUAUUCAUCAGCCUGGACAAAGGAAUGAGCACCGUCCUUCCUCUCCUCAUCCUCCUCCUUUUCUCACCCCCCCACCCCUCACGGGGGGAGUCAAUGGGACUGUCUGUCUUUCUUUGACUUGAUUAUAUUUUAAAGAUGUUGCAGUCCUCAUUGACAGGACAACACACUCCUUCACUGUGAAAACAAAACUAGCGCUGGUUGCUUUAGUGUUAUAAUCAGCUUUAAUUGAAUUCUUUUUUUCUGAUUUAGGCAUGAUUGUCCUGUAACACAGGACAGGUGCAGCCAUUUGUUAGCUACACCUCUACUGAACGUUCAAUAAGAUACGAUACAGACAAUGCUUCUGGGUGCAAUGAAGCAGCAAGUUGCUGUAGGCAGGUAAGAGGGAAUUAACCUUCAGGUCAGUUAUAUUGCUGCAGCUGCUUUCUUUUAUCAGGUCAGAUAUGAACAAUUAAACCACGUAUCAAGUGCACUCUGUAAAUUUGGGAGUAAACUAAAGUCAGCCUUGGUCCAUAGCACAAUGAAGCCAAACUGCAUUCAGCUUAUUGCAAUGCAUUAUCUCCUGUAUUUAAAAUUGUAAUUAAUUAAAAUGAAUAGCUAAUUUCAUGUAGUUGUAAUUUUUUGAUAAAUCCAUACUAAAUCUUGUGAUUUGGACCUUAUAUUACACUCUGCUGUCAGCCAGCUAUUCCAAGUAAGUUUUUUUUUCUUUUUUUUUUUAAUGCAACACGUAAUCGUUUGAGUUGUGUUUUAUGGUUUGUUUAACUGUACUUCGGUAUGCUUCUUUUAAAGACACCACACAGGUGUCUUCAAUUUUCUGGCUGAUUAGAGCUCGUUACACGUUGCAGGUGGGCCAGAGCUGCGUCAAUCAGUCGUGGUCUAAUUAGCCAGUCUAAGUGGAAACACCUGUGUGGGGGCUUUACUCAUAGGAAAGUACCGACAGUCAAUUAUCAUUAUUUCUCUGUGAUUGACAGUAACCGUCUUUUUUCCUAAUAUGAAGAAACCACAACCGAAAGUAAAGUAAUUGAAACCAAACACUACUAACUAUUUGCUACUACUAUUUGACAUAUGUACAAUUAUGAUCAUGUGUAUAUUUUCAAUAUUGAGAUUUGGCUGCCUACCAUGUGCUGAAUAAAUUACCUGACUGUACUGAACCUGAAAUAAAAUUGAUUUUUUUUUUAAUGUAAUUCUUAUGUUAUUCUUAAAUUAAAUUGUGAAUCACCA